UAGUUUCUGAAUGUGCGCACUUGCUCAUCUUUCGCAGUUGUAUUGAUUGAAUAAAUAAUAUAAAUUCUUCGAGACUUGUGAACAGUGCUACAUUUAUAAAACAAUAUGAGCACUACAGGAGAGCAGUUGACGUUAGCCAGGGACAUAAAGAGAGCCAUCGAGCUGCUCGAGAAGCUGCAACAAAGUGGUGAAGUGCCAGCUACUAAACUCGCUGCCUUGCAGAAGGUGUUGCAAAGUGAUUUCCUGAAUGCUGUUCGAGAGGUGUACGAGCACGUCUACGAGACUGUAGAUAUCCAGGGCUCGGCUGACAUUAGAGCUUCAGCCACUGCAAAGGCGACCGUGGCUGCUUUCGCAGCCGCCGAAGGCCAUGCUCACCCCAGAGUUGUGGAACUGCCGAAAACCGAGGAAGGCUUAGGUUUCAACGUAAUGGGCGGUAAGGAGCAAAACUCCCCUAUUUACAUCUCCAGAAUCAUCCCUGGUGGCGUUGCUGACCGUCACGGUGGACUGAAAAGGGGAGACCAGCUGUUAUCAGUGAACGGCGUAUCCGUGGAAGGUGAGAACCACGAGAAAGCUGUAGAGCUACUAAAGCAGGCUGUGGGCUCUGUAAAGCUGGUAGUCCGGUACACUCCCAAAGUUUUGGAAGAGAUGGAAAUGAGAUUUGACAAGCAGAGGACUGGACGCAGACGAACCAACUACAAUUAAUAAACAAAUCUUCAUGCUUGAUGUUCAAGCUAUGUC